AUGAGUGACUUGCUCGAACACAUCAGCCGAAAGGCGCGUAAGAUCAAAGGAAAGCUUACAUCCAGCGCUUCCAUCUCAUCCAAUCUUUCUGCUACUACCUCAAUGAAUCAAGCGCUGCGGUCCUUGCAUGAUAGUGCCGGGCUAUUCCCACCUUUGCAAGCUGCAAUCGCAAGUCCAUUAACCUGCGUCGAGCGCACAGAGCUCGGCUCAAAGCAUCGUAAGGAGUUCAAGGACCUGGCUAGAAAGCUGACCUCGCUGAGUAAACUGCUCGACCGGCACAUCAAAACGUCUCAUUCGACCCACGUGUCCGAGUUCCUGGAGAGACUAGCCGCCUCUGUCAAAGAGCAAGUCACAAACAUAAGUAGCAGACAGGAUACUGUAAGAGCGGGUCACCUUAGGCAGGCCAUGCAAGAUGAAGACGAGAUACUGGAUGGAUACAGAAGAAUAGCCGAAAUUCUUGAGGAGCUACAGACCGAAGCAAGCCUGAAGAUGUGGAAUAUAGCAGAGCAACAGCUGGCGAACUCUCACCUCAAAUCCUUGUCUCCCGUCCACCUCGCCGCCUACAACUCGUCUCUGUCGGAAGACGCCAACCGCCGAUCAUGCACCGAGGGAACCCGGGUAAACAUCCUGGCCGAGCUCAACCAAUGGUCGGUCGAUCCGACUAAGCCAAACGUGUUCUGGAUGAACGGCAUGGCCGGCACUGGCAAGACCACGAUCGCAUAUACCUUUGCUAAGUCUCUACGGGAACGCGGGGCGCUUGGUGCGAGCUUCUUCUGCACGCGCACAUCGAACGAAUGCCAAGACGUCCGACAAAUCAUACCUACUGUUGCCUAUCAGCUUGCACGACACUGGCCCUCGUUUCGAUCAGCCCUGUUGGGCGUUUUGGAGCAAGAGUCUGAGAUUCAGUCGCAAGCCAUCACCAGUCAGUGCGAGCGCCUGAUCAAAGAUCCGCUAUCAAAGGUCAAGGACGGGAUGACAAAAGGGCUAGUAGUGGUGAUCGAUGCGCUUGAUGAGUGCAGUAAUCCAAAAGGCGUAGGGACGAUUCUUGAUGCCUUGUUCAGGACUGCUCCCGGCCUUCCUGUCAAGUUCUUCGUCACUAGUCGGCCCGAAGCUGAUAUCCGCCACAGAGUAGAAGCCCAGCCUGGCCAGAAUCGGUUGACGUGCGUGCUGCAUGACAUAGAAGAGUCGCUGGUGCAAGCCGACAUCACACUGUACCUUCGUGCCGAGCUUGCCAGCAGCGACGUCUCGGAGUCCAAUGUGGCCCAACUUGCGAGUCUAUCAGGUAAACUGUUUAUAUAUGCGGCCACAGCAGUUCGGUACAUUCGACAGGCGGGAACCAUGGUCGACCAGGAUCGCCUCGAGGCCAUUCUUAGCUCGGCCUCCGAUUCGGACUAUCGACACUCGGAGAUCAACCAACUAUAUACGACGAUUCUCGAUACAGCAGUGUACCAAUGGAACCGAGAGCCACGAGAGCAGGAGUGGAUGCAACUGAUAAUCUGGACGGCCGUCUGCACGCGCGAGCCCGUCACCAUCGAUACACUCGCGGCCCUCGCCGGCAUCAAACAAGCAAAGGCGACCAUACUGCUCCAGUCGCUAUACUCGGUGCUGCACGUAUCGCAGGUCACCAACAUGGUCUCUACCCUCCAUGCGUCCUUCCCCGACUACAUCUUUGACGAAGCGCGGUCCAAAAGGUUCUACUGCGACGAAACAAAGCAUAGCCAGCUGCUGUCCAAGCACUGCUUCGACAUCAUGUGCGACCAGCUGCGGUUCAACAUCUGCGGUCUAAAGACAUCGUUCAUAGCCGAUAGCGAAGUGAAGGACCUGAAGGCUCGAAUCGAUAGGUCGAUCUCGCCAACGCUGUCGUAUGCUGCGCACCACUGGGGACAUCAUGUAUCGAAAAGCACGCACUGCGAGGAGAUGCAGACAAAGCUGGAAGACUUCUUAUCGAAUCAGCUACUGUUCUGGAUGGAGGUGCUGACUCUAAAAGGGACACUGUAUAUGGGCAUAGCUAUGGUGUCACUGGUUAAGCCAUGGAUGGCGGCCAAAGAAUCGCCAUCAAACCUGGCAAAGAUACUCGACGACUCAUGGAUCUUUGUGUCUACGUUUGCUGCGGGAUCGGGCUCGCAGUCGACACCGCAUAUAUACAUCUCAGCACUCGCAUUUUGCCAUCCGUCCAGUUGGGUCUCGCAGCAAUACAAAGGUCGUACCCGGCAAUUGCUAUCACUGGCAGGCUCGGCAGUAGAGGGGAGUCCAACGGCGCUUCUUGCAACUUGGGCGAUGCAGUCAACACCCUAUUGCGUAGCAUUCUCAUCUGGUGGGAGUCGAUUGGCAAUUGGAUUUGAUGAUGGCGCGGUCUGCGUAGUUCAUGCUCACAACGGAGCAGUUGCACUUGGGCCCCUCAAGGGGCACACGGCGAAGGUGACCUCUGUAGCACUCUCACCCGACGGAUUGAUGCUCGCCUCUGGGUCCAACAACGGCACCAUCCUUGUCCGGGACGCGCAGACGGGCAACCGCAUAUAUGACGUCAUCGAGGCACACGAAGGCAAGGUGACGUCAGUGUGCUUCUCACCGGAUGGCAAGUACAUCCUCUCAGGGUCCUGGGACCGGACAACGCGGAUGUGGGACAGCGGCAACGGCAGUCUCAUACCCAACUCCAUCAAACAACAUCCUCACGGAGUCCUCUGCACGGCAUUCUCUCCUGAUGGCAAGCAUAUCGCAUGUGGCUUGGCAAGCAAGGAGUGUCCCAUUGUUGUUUACGACGCGUCCACCAGCGAGUCUCUCCCCUUUCCAUUCAAUGCUAAUCAAUCCUUGGUCUAUUCAAUCGCCUUUUUGCCCAACGGAAACAACCUUGUCACUGGCCAUGAAUCCGGUGAUCUGCGCGUCUGGAGUCUACACAACGGCACCGUCACACACUCCCCACCCAAAGUACACAACAACGCAAUCACAUCCAUUGGGGUUUCGCCACUCGGAGACAAACUCGUCACUGGCUCUAAUGAUAGGUGCGUGUAUAUAUGGGAUGUAGAGAACGGCUACUCCAACCCUUGCCUACUUGGCACACACGACUAUUGGGUUUUCUGCGUGGCGUUCUCACCCGACGGCACACGAGUCGCAUCAUGCUCAUGGGAUAGCACCGUCAAGAUGUGGAAUCCACUCCACUCGACAUCCUCUCACACGCCAAAAUGGAAGGCGCCAACCAAGGCUGUCUACUCGGUUGCAAUCUCACCCGAUGGGUCACGCAUCGCCGCGGCAGGUGGAGACAAAUCAAUCUAUAUGUUCAACGCACGCGAUGGCACUGCCACCGUUGAGCCACUUGUGGCACACACCAAUUCGAUCAGCUCGGUGGCAUUCUCGCCCAAUGGCAGGUACCUUGCAUCCUGUGUCGAUGGCCAUGCCAUCUGUCUGUGGGAUGGCACGAGCGGCAAGCUGCUAUCCGGUCCACUUCAAGGGCAUCAACACUGGGUCCUGUCGAUUUCAUUCUCACCCAAUGGCAAGCGCAUUGUCUCUGCCUCGCAUGACAAGACUAUACGAAUGUGGGAUGUGGGAGAUGGGACUCUGACAGCUAUUGACCUGGUUGGGACACACAAGGACACGGUCCGUUGUGCGACAUUUUCUCCUGACAACGCGCACAUUGUUUCUGGCUGCGCAGAUGGGAAGAUCCGUAUGUGGGACUCGCAUUCGCUGUCACUCGUGUUUGAUCCAUUCGGGUCACAGUGGCAUAAGGGCAGUAUCAACUCGGUCACGUUCUCGCCUGAUGGCCAACUUAUUGCUUCUGGGUCCGAUGAUGGCACUAUCUGCGUGUUUGACUCCCGUAGUGGCGAUCUGGUGUUAGGUCCUCUCAAGGGACAUGAGAGAUGGGUUCAGUCAGUUGUGUUCUCACCCGACGGCAGUCACAUUGUAUCUGGCUCGGCUGAUGGAAGCGUUUGGAUGUGGGUGGCGAAAGAUGGGGCGCCUGCAUGCGAGCCACUUCGAGGCCAUCAAGAUGAGGUUGGCUCAGUGGCAUGCUCACCCGACGGUAGAUAUAUUGUCUCAGGCUCAUGGGACUCGACGAUCCGAGUAUGGAAGGCACCAGGAGGGGGCGUUGUAUCUGACCUAUCACAUUCUGCUCCUUCCGCUUCGGAUGAGAGGCAAACACAUCGCGCGAUUGCUGGCGGGCUGACAGUGUUGCAGGACGGAUGGAUACGAAACCACGACUCACAGCUGGUGUUCUGGGCUCCCUCCGAUAUACGCAGGCUCUUCCCCGUAAUCGAGACCCUUUAUACCAUUGGACCUGAAGGAAUACUGCACACGGACUAUACCCAACCUCUGCUGCUUGGCGAGGAGUGGCAUGGGUGUUAUGUGGGCUCGGGAUGA